AUGGUCUUCGAGACCGCGUGCGAGAACGUCCAGCGGCGACGGCGAUGGAAGGCCGCGUGCACUGGUGCAAUGCAACGGUGGCGCGGCUGCAGGUUGGCGAGAUUGGCGAGCGGCGCACUGGGAAGUUGGGAACUGGUCAGGCGGCGCACGCGCGGGGCAGAGUCGCGGCGGCCCGCGGCCGGCGACGCCACUCAGUGCACGCGCCGCCUCGCCGCCGCCAGCCUGCCCGGCUCAACGCGCUCGUACCGCGAUCGAUCGCAGCCCGCGCGAACCACUCGACAC